AUGAAAAUUGAGGAACGAUCGUCAAACAGCUCCAGUUCCCAGAACCCACGUAUUGAUGACGCCGUAGUGACGAACAAUAGAAAACACGAGGAACCAGCCGCCAUUUCGGUGAAAGAGAAAAUCGUUCCUCCCAAAGAUGGCAGCUUGGCUGAAAACGAUUCUCAUCGAUGGGAACUAUUUGCACUACGCGAGAAAAUCAAGGAAAUGGAACAGCGACAAGUGAAAGUGGAAAGCGGCAGAUUGGCGUUUCCCGAUCGCUGCAAUGACGCUGUGAUUCACAGCCAACUAGCCGCAGCUUACAAAAAGUCCGCCGAAUCAUAUACAAGUUACGUGUAUCGGGUUAACGCGUUGGGGAAGUCAGGCAAUGUGAGUGACGAUGCUAUUAUCACUUACGCCAUUAGAGGACUAUCCCGUGAUCCUCUCUACGAUAGUCUCGUCACAAAGGACUACAGCAACAUAUAUGAUCUGAUCGACAACAUUAAGCGCUGUGAAACACAUUUAUUGAUGCGCAAAAAUAUAGAACGCCGCAUUCCUUCUGCCCACUACUCAAAUUUUUCGAGAUUAGUGGCCCCGAGACAGGCGCCAACAGAAACACCUCGUUGUUACAACUGCUCAGAUUUUGGACACCAUUCAUCACAAUGUACUAAACCUCGUCGAGCCUUGGGUUCCUGCUUCCGAUGCGGCAGUACAUCUCACGUCAUCCGUAACUGUCCCGACGUAGUUAGACGACAACCAACAGCAGCCGCAGUUCAGAGCAACGAAAAUGAGACACCGAAUGUAGAUGACGCGAAUAAUGGAAACGUUCUGCAGCUCGAUGCCUAUCAGGAGUGCUAAAAGCUUCGUCAAUGAAGAUAUAAUUCCAAAAACAAAACUACAUACUCCCAUACCGAGCGGAUUUCGUGGAAUAGGGAAUAGUAACCUUCAAACACUUGGAAACAUUGAAUUACAAAUACGCUUUCGUAAUGAAAUCCGUACUCAUACUUUCAUUAUU